AUGACCGGCACCGAACACCGGGGUGACGAGGCGGCGGACGGAGACGGCACUCCCGACGACGCGCCACGCUGGGUGAUCGCCGGCGCGGCGGCGCUGCAGUUUGUGCUGGUCGGCGGCAUCCACAAGUCGUUCGGUCUGGUGCUGGCGGCGCUGGUGCAGCGCCACGGCUUCACCGCCGCGCAGGUGUCCAUCAUCCCGGCCACGUACCUUGCGGUCAGCUUUCUCGUGGCGCCGCUGUGCGGGGCCCUCUGCCGCCGGCUCUCCGAGCGGAGCGUGGCCGUGCUCGGCGGCCUGUGCUCCUCGAUGGGGCUCGCCCUCAGCGCGCUCACCAGCGACGUCCACCUCCUCUACCUUACCAACGGGCUCAUCUUCGGUCUAGGCCAGGGCUUCUCCAACGUGCCCGGCACCCUGCUUGUGACGCAGUACUUCGUGAAGCGACGUGGUCUGGCGAAUGCCAUCAUGGCGGCGGCGGCUGCCGUCGGUGGCGUGUUUUUCCCACUGCUGGUGCAGCUGCUGCUGGAGGAGUACGGAAUCAGCGGCACGUACCUGAUGCUGGGGGGCUUGCACAUGCACACGCUCGUCUCGGCGGCGCUGUACCGGCCGCUGGAGAAGCAGCGAAUGAUCAUGCGGCUGGACAGGAGGCGGUGCUCGAGGAGACUGAAGACGGCCGACAGGGCCAGCGCACCGAUCCAGGACGAAUGCAAGAAACAGGCGCUGGUUAACGGCAAUGACAACGGAGCUGGCGCCGUCGCCUCUCAGCCAAACGGCGCGACUCACGUGGGCCCGGCGGCCGCGGCGCUGGUGAGCCGCGCACACCUCGCGGCCUCGGUCGUGCAGCUUGACCCGCAGGACGAGCCCACCGCCCGCCGCUGGUCGACAGCCGGCGGCGAGCACACCAAGGCGGCCGAACAGGAACUGAGCGUGCUGCUCUUCUCCGCCGGACUGCCGCACGUCUGCCUGCUGGUGCCUCGCUUCGGCCUCGAGAUCGGCAUCAGCCGAGGCCGCACUGCCAACAUGAUCGCCACCGUGGCGCCCAUCGACAUCCUCAGCCGGCUGUCCCUCGGCCUGCUGCUCGAUCGCAACCUCUUCCACAAGCGGUACGGCUUCUUCAUCACCUGCCUGGUGGGCGGAGCGGGCAUUCUUGCGCUGGUGUUCGUUCGCACGUACGCCGGUCUGUACGUCGCCUGCACGUUCGUCUACGCCGGCAUCGGCUUCUUCUUCGUGGUGAUGCCGGUGAUGUACGCCGAAUACUACGGCGUGGAGCGCCUCUCGUCCACGCUCACCAUGUCCAACAUGUUCUCGGGCGUGGCUAACCUGGUGGCGCAGCCGCUGUGUGGUUUGCUGCGGGACUCGACCGGCUCGUUCCGACCCGUGUUCGGCGUGCUGGCGGCGUGCAUGCUGACGGAGCACGCCUCGUACCAUGACUUCUAG